AGUCACAAACUUGUUUGAUGUACUGGUAGAUUGGUGAAUGUUUUUUCCAAUGAUAAUAAUAUGUUGAAGCUGAUAAUUAUUUUGGCGAUUUGUAGUGUUGUCACCGGCUCACAUUUUAGAGGAGCAAUCAUCAUGUGGGAGCCCGACUCGGAUUCGAUUUUAAUUCAUUUUCGGAUAUCUUGGCGACGCUCGUUUAGUUCAAGUUACAACUGCACCGACGUUACUAUAGCUUCGGGAACGCUAAUAGGUGACAGCUCAAUGACAUGCUUUUCCGGCUGCUCGGACGUGGUUGGGUCGCUUGAAUUUUAUUGUACAGACUUUGACACCACCGAGGACUGGACAACAGGAAUAAACACUGUUCGGUUUACACCAAGUGUGUCAGCUUUUUCAUUUGGGUUUUCAAGUUGUUGCUGGAUCAAUGGGUUAGAAGCAGGUGGUGGCUCUUGGUCUUUCAAAGCGUCCGUAGACCUGACGCUGCGGUCGGAUACAGGGUUAAUUAACAGGUCUCCGACGGUUGAAAUGGCGCCUAUUGUCGUUUUGUUACAAGGAUGUUCCUACGAUUUAUACCUUCCAGUUGGAGAUGUUGAUGGAGACAUCGUUCGAUGUCGAUGGGCUAAUGCAGCAGACGAGUGCAGUGGUGUGUGCAAUGUGUUUGCUAAUGCUGUAUUGGACGAGACAGCAUGCACUAUCUCAUAUACCGCGAGUGUAAAUGGGUACUUCGCAGUUGCCCUUCAAAUUGAGGACUUUGCUAGCACAGUUUCUACAGUGCCACUCAGCAGCAUACCACUGCAGUUCCUCGUUCACGUGAUCACUUGCUCUGAUUGUACAUGUGAAUCACAACCGGAGUUUGUCGAUCCAACACCUGAUGCGAAUGAUUGUUUUGCCAUCAAUGUAGGAGAUCAACUUAAUUUGACACUAAAAGCCAGAAGCAAGUGGCCACUGAGAAGUUUAACGACCAUUUCACCGAUCGGAAUGGUGCGCUCGAAUGUGGAGCAUACUUCUGACAAUGAUUGGAACUACUUAUCUGUCAACGUAUCUUGGAUUCCUACGCAGAACGAAAGCGGUCGAGAUCACAAUCUUUGCUAUUACGCUACGGAUAAUAACCUCGGGUUAAGUAACGUGAUCAGAUGCAUAAAAAUACCCGUAUCAGUGAAAGGGCCAACACCAUUGCGAGUUGAACGGCAGGGAGUUUCAAACACGUGGGCAAUAAUAAUCGACCAGACGUUUGACCGUCCUACAAACUCAGCAUUUAUAACGAUGUAUGAAAGCGAAAACAACACAGCGUUAGUCAGCAUAGAUGUAUCUACGUCCUCAGAUGUUGUUUACGAUCCUAUCCACAGACGAAUUACAGUGACAUUUAACUAUGUAUUCGAUAUUGAUGCGAAAUACCACGUUUCCAUUCCAUCCGGCCUUGUAAAAGGUUACGUAAGUUGUGGUGCUGUUUCACAAGCAAUAAAUGAUUCUACAUUUUGGCCAAUCGAGCUAGAUUGUGGAGAUAUUCUUCUUGAUAACGGCCAUGUUGAUCCAGAAAAUGAAACUGCUUAUCCUUCUACUGUAACAUACAUGUGUGAUCCUGGUCAUUUCCUGGUCGGGGACGAAAACCGCACAUGUCAAUCGAACAGGUCAUGGACAGGAACAAACUCAUCUUGCCAGCCAAAGGAUUGCGGGUCAUUUCAUACCCCAGCGAACGGUCAGGCUUCCACUUCCGAUACCUUGUACAACACUCAUGUGAAUUUCACGUGUAAUGUUGGAUACACUGUUAAUGGAAACGUCACAAUGAUUUGUACCGAAGACGGGACAUGGUCUAAUAACCCACCAGUUUGUGAAGUAGUGGAUUGUGGCAUUCCUUUACCAUUGCUGAAUGGCGCGUAUACGGCACACAAUGGUACGACGUAUCUUCAAAAAGCAACGUUUUCAUGCAACAAUGGGUAUGACUUUGUUGGAACUAGUGAUCGCCAAUGCCAAGUCAAUGGAUCAUGGAGCAGCGUUCAUCAGUUUUGUAUGAUUAGAGACUGUGGACCACUAAUUUCCCCUCAAAAUGGACACGUACUUGUUGUUAACACAACAUUUGGAGAAAUAGUCACUUACACAUGCGAGUUUGGUCACGCUCUGAUUGGAAAUAAUACUCGCGUGUGUUUAGGCAGUGGACAUUGGAGUGACUCUGAACCGACAUGUGUUUUAAAGGAUUGCGGAGACCUGCCCAACCCGCCACAUGGAUCCGUAUAUGGACCUUUUACCACAUACGGGGCUUUUGCUGUGUAUGACUGUCAAAGAGGCUUUCAUAUUGAAGGAAGCAGAACAAGACAGUGCCAAGCAAAUGAGCGAUGGAGUUCACCGGUGCCCACCUGUAUAUUAACCGAUUGCGGCAAUCUUACUUCCCCUAUAAACGGUGACGUGCUUUAUACAGCGACGCUCUUUGAUGACUGUGCCACAUACUCUUGCAAUGUCGGAUACGAGGUUGUUGGAGAACGCCGUGUAUGUUGUCAAGAGAAUGCUACAUGGACGUCAAUGGACACUGUUUGCAUCAUUAAAGACUGUGGGCAGGUCCAUUCUCCAGAAAACGGAAAUAUAUCGCUCACAACAACCGUGUACUCGAGCAGUGUAUAUUUCACAUGUGACAUUGGAUAUGAUUUGAAUGGAAGUUCCGAGAUUGUUUGCCUUGCUUCAGGAUCCUGGAAUGCCACUGCGCCAUAUUGUAUUAUCAGAGAAUGCUCUCGGCUUGAAAGUCCUUUUAACGGCACAGUAUCGUUAAGCAACAUAACAUACGGCUCAUGGGCAAGUUUCAAGUGCGAUGAAGGAUUUGAUUUGCUUGGUAAUGCCAGUGUUAAUUGUCUUGCGAACACCUCAUGGAGCGCACUUUCCCCAACAUGUCAUAUAAAGGACUGUCACGAUCCUAUAAUACCUGUUAAUGGCACUGCCGCAUUUACAUCUACGACAUACCAGUCGGAUUGCAUUUUCAAUUGCAAUAUCGGGUUUAAUAUGAUUGGUAAUAAUGUGUCCGUAUGUCAGUCAGAUGGAAACUGGAGCAGUCCUGAUACGUACUGCUUAAUAAAAGACUGUGGCUAUAUAAACCCACCUGAUAACGGUAUAGCUAUUGGAACAUCGACCGUUUAUCAAAGUGUUGUUACAUAUCGAUGCAAUACUGGGUACGAUCUCAUUGGCAAUGGCAGUAUGCAAUGUCAAGCAGAUGGAACCUGGAACGAUUCACAACCCUUCUGUAAGAUAAAAGAGUGUGAACCACUGACUGUACCUUUUAACGGCAAUGUUAUUUACGACAAUAUAACAUACGAGUCUACGGCUCAGUAUUUUUGCGGCAUCGGGUAUGAUCUGAUUGGACCUAGCAUUCGAGAUUGUCUGAGCAACUCAUCAUGGAGUGACGACUCUCCAGUGUGCCAGAUAAAAGACUGUUCUGCACCACACGAGCCAUAUAAUGGGUCGGUUCACUACUCGAGCACAACAUUCAAUUCUAGCAGUGCAUAUGACUGUGAUGACGGUUUUACUUUGAUAGGUGGACCCGUUUCUACUUGUAAUGAAUUCGGAAAUUGGAGUCAUCCAAACAUAUUCUGUCAAAUAAAAGACUGUGGCCAUCUUGUUUCUCCAAACGACGAAGUGAUUGUAUAUUCUUCCACUGUAUACCAAUCCAGAGCCCUUUAUAGUUGUCAUACUGGAUAUGACUUAGUAGGAACAAACGCAAGAACCUGUGACAAAAACGGCGUAUGGACGGGGCAGGCUCCAACAUGCAACAUCAAAGACUGUGGUGUACUUCAACCACCCGUAAACGGCUCAGUUUAUCAACCCUCGACAACGUACAAUUCUUACACACUGUACGUUUGUGACGUUGGCUACCAUAUUGAGCCAGAGGGAAGAAACAACAGGCUUUGUCAGGCAGAUGGAACGUGGAGCUCAGUGGAUCCCACUUGUGAGCUAACUGAUUGCGGUUCACCUUUGGCCCCAGAGCAAGGUUCUGUUACAUUUACCAGCACCUUGUUUAAUGGUACGGCGGUGUUUGAGUGUGAUAGAGGUUACACUCUCUUUGGCGAAAAAAUGAUUAUGUGUCAGGAUAAUGAAAAAUGGUCUAGCUUAGAACACAACUGCACGAUUAAAGAUUGUGGCAACCGUUUCAACCCAUCAAACGGCCAUUUUACAAGCACUGGAACUCAUUAUGGAGCCUUUGGUGUGUUCACAUGUAUCGAUGGAUAUGAUCUUAAAGGCGACAGUGUUAUAAACUGUUUAGAUAACGGAACAUGGAAUGGAACAACGCCUUUCUGUCAAAUUAGAGAUUGCGGACCACUGUAUAAUCCCGAUGAUGGUAGUGUUAUAUUUUCCAACACAGUGUAUGGUUCUCAAGCAACAUUUGAAUGUAAUGUGGGAUACGAGAUGGUUGGUUCUAGUCAGAUUGUCUGUCUUGGAAAUGCAUCUUGGAGUGAGAGCUCACCUAUUUGUAAAAUAAAGGAUUGUAACCCUCCAUCCGUACCGACGAAUGGCUCGGCAUCAUUUACAACCACAACCUAUCAAUCAGUGUGUGUUUAUUCCUGUGACACUGGUUUCGACCUCAUCGGUGACAACACAUCCAUCUGUCUUCAAGAUGGUAAUUGGAGCAGUCCAUAUGCACAUUGUCAAAUCAAAGAUUGUGGUUUGGUUUUGUCGCCAGAGAAUGGUCAUGCUCAUGUAAACACUACAUACUUCGAAAGUAUAUUGCAGUAUUCCUGUAAUACUGGUUAUGAUUUAAUUGGUGCGCAAAGCCGAGAGUGUUUGUAUAAUGGUACAUGGAGCACAGAAGACCCAUUAUGUACGAUCAGAGAAUGCGGCCAUUUGUUGCAUCCAGUUAAUGGGAUGGUUAGCUACAUUAAUAUGACUUACGGCGCAAAAGCUUUUUACGUUUGCGAAACAGGAUACGAUCUAAUUGGAGACGAUAAAACGGAAUGCUUAAGUAACGGUUCUUGGAGUCAGCUUCCCCCAGUCUGUUCUAUUAAAGACUGUUUUGACCCUCACGAGCCGUCAAAUGGUACAGUGACGUACUUUAGCACCACAUAUGGAUCGCACAGUCAAUACAAAUGCGAUGACGGAUUUGAUUUGAUUGGCGGGUCCUUAUCGACAUGUACAGCACAUGGUAACUGGAGUGAUCCAGCAAUAUUUUGCCAAAUCAAAGACUGUGGUCAUCUGGUAUCGCCGAAUAAUGGGAAUGUGGCAUAUGAAGACACAGAGUUUCAAUCUGUUGCCCAAUACACAUGUGACACCGGUUAUUCCUUGAACGGCAACAAUUUAAGGAUUUGCAACAAAGAUGGAAUAUGGACAGACAGUGUUCCUUAUUGUCAAAUUAAAGACUGUGGUCAACUUUCUGACCCAAGUAACGGUGGAGUUUUUCAGCCAUCGACGACAUAUGGCUCGUAUGCUCUUUACAUUUGUAACAAUGGCUAUCACAUUGAACCAAAAGGCAUGAACUACAGAAUGUGUCAAGCAGAUGGGACAUGGAGUUUCGACCCUCCUGCAUGCGAAUGGACUGACUGCGGUCAGCCAGAAAUUCCCGGAAAUGGAACGGUAGCUUUCAAUUCUACAUCGUUCAAUGCCGUAGCGGAAUUCAUGUGUAAAAGAGGGUAUACAUUGAUAGGCGAACACUUUUCAGUAUGUCAGAAUGACGAAAAAUGGUCGCAUUCUGGUCAAAGAUGUAACAUAAAUGAUUGCAAAGAGCUACCCAAACUAGUACACGGUCAAUUCCUGAGGAACGGAACUACUUACGAAUCAGUUGGAGUAUUUUACUGUGAUGAUGGAUAUGAUCUUAUUGGUGACGAUACGGUUUAUUGUCAAGAUUCUGGUGAAUGGAAUGGUACAACUCCAGUGUGUAGUAUUAAAAAAUGUCCAGUUCCAGGAACCAUAAACAAUGGCCAAGUAAACUUCACUGCUUUUGAGUUCAUGUCGGUCGUUAAGUAUGAAUGUUAUCCUGGAUAUGUGUUAGUCGGGGAUUCAACCCGGACAUGUGAAAGUAGUGGAAACUGGAGUAGUCCACACCCUGUCUGUACAAUAAAAGAUUGUGGACAGCCAUUUAUUCCUACAAACGGAUCUGUCGAAUAUAACACCACCACGUACGGCUCCAAACUGUUGUAUGUCUGUGAUCCGGGUUUCGAUGCUAAUUUUACCGGUUCUUCGCAUUGUACUGAAACAGGAACGUGGAGCAUUUCUAAUAUCCACUGCUUGAUUAAAGAUUGUGGCCCUAUUUCCCCUCCAACAAAUGGAACCGUUGAAAUAUCUGACACUGUGUAUCGUUCUACCGGCAUUUUCAACUGUGACCUUGGUUACACCUUGCACGGUAACAACACGGCGGAAUGUUUAGAAGACGGUCAGUGGAAUUACGGUGGACCUUCUUGUGAAAUUAAGGAUUGCGGAGAGCUAAAUGGUAUACAGAAUGGAUUCGUAACUACGUUUGGUACGACGUUCAUGUCUUUGGCCAAUUACAGUUGCGAUGAAGGAUAUGACCUAAAUGGGUAUGAUGUCAGAGUUUGCUUUCCAAACGCCUCAUGGAGCCACAAUGAUCCACAGUGUGUUCCAACAGAUUGUUACGUUUUGCCAAAUCCGUCCAACGGUGUUGUUAUUGGUGCAAGCCGGCAGUAUGGUGAUAUUGUUACAUUUCAAUGCGAUGCUGGAUUUGACUUGGUUGGUUAUUCUUGGGCAAAAUGUCUAGCUAACAAAUCCUGGAGUAACCAGACUCCAGACUGCGUUGUGAAAGAAUGCGGUCUUCCCGACGAACCAAAGAAUGGAUUUGUUCAAGUAACAUCUACAGUAUUCGGGGGUAGAGGUACAGCAAACUGUAACGUUGGCUACGAACUCUUGGGCAAUCCAGAAGCUGAAUGUACCCAUGAAGGGACUUGGAAAUACACAGUUCCAGAAUGCAGAAUAAAAGAAUGUGGUGUUCUGCCCCCUCUUGCCAACGGCAAUGUCACACUUGAUGGAACAGAAUACGGGUCAUUGGCGUAUGUUGACUGUGAUGAGGGAUUUGAGGUCAUAGAUCCCGUACUAGCAUGUGGAGAUAAUGUAAACUGGAACGGAAGUGUUGGAUGUAAUAUAAAAGAAUGUGGUGCAAUUUCUCCUCCUGAAAAUGGCAUUGUUUCGUAUACCGGAAAAACUUACGGCAGCAAAGCAUUGUUUAACUGCAAUGAUGGAUUUGAUAUGGAUGGAGAUGCUGAGAUGACUUGUUUGGCAGAUGAAUCGUGGUCUUCCGGAAGUGUUAUUUGUACAAUAAAAGACUGUGGUAUUCGCAUGAAUCCAUUUAAUGGGAACGUUACGUAUGUGAACACAACGUAUGGCUCAACUCUACGUUACGCCUGUGAUGAGGGCUAUUUGUUACAAGGUUCUGUGGCCCAGUAUUGCACAAACCAAGGACAAUGGAGUGAUGUACCUGCAAUAUGUGUACUCGCGGAUUGUGGACUACCGAACGAUAUACUCAAUGGCGAAGUUAAAUACAAUGAAACAACGUUUUUAUCCAUUGCAACUUACACAUGCGAAAAUGGGUUCAAAAUAAUUGGUGUUCCUAUGAUUUCUUGCUUUGCUAAUGAAACAUGGAGUUCUCUUCCGAUCUGUGAACAACAGCAUUGUGAGGCUUUGGAAGAUCCGGAAAAUGGUCAAGUUAUAGCAACUUCAACAACAUAUGGUUCUAAGGCAAUUUACUCAUGCAAUCCUGGCUAUGAUCUGCUGGGUAGCCGAUUAGUUGAAUGUAUUGAAAACGAAAUUUGGUCCGAUUCUACACCAAUCUGCAAUCUACGAGAUUGUGGUAAUCUGAUUGACCCAGUAAAUGGGGCAGUUUCACUGACAAACAUAACUGUCGGAAGCGAAGUAGUCUAUUCCUGUGACGAAGGUUUCGAAUUGACUGGAGAACAUAAACUGGUUUGCCUUGAAAAUGGAAUGUGGAAUUCCGACCCACCACUCUGCAAUAUUAAAUCAUGUGAAGAGAUAGAUCUGUUUGAGUUUGGAAACACGCUUGUAUCUGGCCUAACAUACGGUUCGACAGUUGUUUAUUCCUGUAAUAUUGGGUAUCAACUGACGGGGAACAGCCAGAGAACUUGCCUACACACUGGAUCGUGGACAGGAACAACCCCAUCUUGUCAUAUUAAAGACUGUGGAAGAAUUAGCAGACCGAAGCACGGACACGUGGAUGUUGGAGCUUCAACGUAUGGCUCAAAAGCGUUCUUCUCAUGUGACAAUGGUUAUACGUUGAUUGGAGCAGUGACAGCAGUCUGCAGUGCAGAUGGUCGUUGGGAUGAGUCUCAAGCAGAAUGUGUUAUAAAUGACUGCGGCCUAUUAAAAUCACCAACAAAUGGAUCCGUUCUAUUCAGUUCUACUACCUUUGAGUCAAAAGCUACAUUUUUGUGCAAUGAAGGUUUUGAUAUGAUUGGGGAAGAUAUUAUUAUUUGUACGGCGAAUAAGCUAUGGAGUGGCUUUGUCCCUGAAUGUGCUAUCAAAGACUGUGGAAACAUUUCAAAUCCUGACAAUGGAACUAUUUUGUAUAACGGUACAACAUUUUUGUCCCCUGCGUUGUUCUUUUGUGACGAUGGGUUUUUACUGAAUGGAACAAAUAGUAUGGUAUGCACAGCGAAUGGUACUUGGAAUGACUCUUUUCCAAAUUGUGUUAUCAAAGAUUGUGGACAAUUACAUGACCCAGAACAUGGCACUGUAUAUCUAACUGGUACUUUCUAUCUAUCGGAUGCCACUUUCGAAUGCGAAAAGGGGUAUCAAAUCGUUGGGGAAGCGUCUGCGAUAUGCGGAAAUCUUGGUCUAUGGCAACCAGAAAGUCCUGUAUGUCAAAUCAGAGAUUGUGGACAAGUGGAGAAAUUAUCAAAUGGAAAUGUUAUACAGACUGAAGGGACGACAUACGGAGCAAGGGUCUGGUUUACUUGCAACGACGGUUAUACAUUGGCAGGGAAUGACACAAUGGCAUGCCAAUAUACUGGUGAAUGGAACAGCAAGGUGCCGUCCUGUGAAAAAAUAGAAAGCAGUGCUGCUGUAAUGGGCGGAGUAAUCGGAGGAAUUGUAGGACUUGUAUUUGUGAUUGUUACAGUCAUCACAGCUAUGGUUGUUGUGCGAAAGUUCUUCAUGAGCGGAAACACGGGUUUGAACGGAUUGAAAGGGGAUACGCAAAGAUCUUAUCAACAACAAAGAGAUUUUGGGAGCAUUUCGUCAACGAAGAAUCCUUUCCACACUUUGCACAGAGACAGCUGGCUAAGACCACAAUAUGCAAGCGGAUUAGAGCCAAACUUCUUCCAGUCAGCAACCAGAAUGUCUGCGGGAUACGGUAUUCAGGGACCGAGAAUGACAAAUUAAUACGUAUGCAUGUCCUGGCGUAUCGGUAGAACCUUAUGCAAAACAUUGAUUUAAAAAAAUGAUAAAAUUAAAAAUACAGUAUAGGUCAAAGAGAAAAAGAAUACAAAAAAAGGCCUUGCACAACAAUCCGACAAUGCCAUUAAAAUAUAUGGUAAAUGGUCAGACUUCCUAAUGGUCUAAUGAUGGGUUGUAUGUUUUACAGUUAUUUGUUUAAUGGUUUAUUGUUUAAUAUUUUCAGAAAUGUGAACGUUUUCAGACAAAACAAAUUACAGCGAAUCUAGAAACUGCUAUAUUUGAAUAUUGUAUUGUUUUGUUUAGCAUUUUCAUUUUGCUUUAAAACACUCUUUGUUUGUCAAUAUAACAUUUACAAUUUCCAGAUAUAUAUAUUUUGGUCAUAAUGAAAGGGUGGCUCAUACCAAUUAUUAUACAUUGAAAAUAAUACUAGUUAAUAUCAGAAACAAAUUCAUGGCGAGAUUAAAAAGAAGAAAAUUCAGACGAAGUUUAGUAUUUUGUUCAAGUUGUUUUUGUUGUCUUCUGUUUUAAACUUGAAUGAACUGUUUUGCAACGCAUGUAUCAUCAUGUUAUAAACAUUUAUCAUCAUGUUAAAUUGGACCUUUCAAGAUUGCAUUUUACACAAUGCUAAAACGAAGUCGUUUUGUUUGAAAACACUGUAUCCGAAUUGCGUGUAAUAUAUGUAUGUGAAAGUCUAUGGGGUUUUUUAUGAUAUGAUAUUGAUUAGAAGCAUUAUGUUUUUAAGCCCCACUUAUCAAAGCUUGUCAUAGUUAUUUCUAUCCCGUAAAUAUCUAUAUAUGUACAAUAGCGUUAACAAUUAAAUUAUUUAGAGGGCCAGGUACCCAACCAUGGACUUUAAACCUUUGUAGAGCGUUUGUUAAAGUCAACUUCAUAAAUGUAACAUAGUUUAGUACUUUUUCAUCAAAGUUGAUACUAGAGUGAAUAUGGCCGUGCAAUUUAAUUUCUUAAAAACUCUCAAAAACUAUCGAAUAUAUAUUUUAAUCCCGUUCAUUUGAUAUUUAUUUUCACUUUAAACCAUACAUUGAGUUUUAAAAAGAGGUGUUAAACAAAAAAGCUUUAAAUAUGUUACAGUAUUGAACAAAAGGAAUAUAAUGUCGUAAACGAGUGUGUAGUGUAUACAUAUAUGGGAAUGUAUUUAAUAACCAUCUUAGAUUUCUUUUAAUAGUAAGAUUAAAGUAUUUUGAUUGGACAGUAAAAAUAAAUAGCCAAUACACUAAAUGAGGCGUUGGUAAGGACAAGGAUAAGAACAAUACAUACAGGCCUACUUUAUAUGUAAAAGACGAUCAAAACCUACAAACCAAGUAGGCAUUAUUUAAUUAUUGAUUUGACAAAACAUUUCUAUGCAAGUUGAAAUGGUUUUGUGAAUAAUAUUAUUAAUAUCAGAUAAGCUUGAUUUAAUGUUAUACUUUGUAUUGUUAAAGUUUGAUAGCUAAGUAAUGUUGUAAUAUUGACACAUUUUAUCAUUAUAACAUGCUACCUUGAAUGCAUGUUUGGUUAUUGUUGUUAUAGUAAGAGUUUGCUGUUUCGAUUUUCAAUAAAGUUUGUUGUUGUUA